AUGGCUUUGAAGUUCGCGCCCUUUGGCUCCGAAAUCGAGCUUCCGUUUUAUACAGCCCUAUCACAAUCCAAGAUAGAUCAUGACAAACUAGAUGAUUCGGCGCGGACGGUACUUGGCUUGUACGAGCCUCGCGCCACCGCCCCCGAAGAUAGUUGCCGAAUGAGAGUCCUAGGGAAUGCUCUUACUAGUGAUGACGUUCCUCCAAACCAUAUCCGUGCUGAGGGCAAGAUCAAAAACGUAAACACUAUCGAGGGGUUCAAAAAUGUCGACAAAACAGCAAUAAUCCAGACCGCUGCUAAACAGAUCUGGGAUGCUAUUAAUGACGGCACCAUAUAUUCCAUACCGUCACUCCUCUCUUCUUUCUCCAUCCUUUCGUUUGCAAAUUUAAAGAAAUAUACCUUUACAUACUGGUUUGCAUUUCCUGCACUCCAUUCGGACCCAGUCUGGAAAUCAGCCGAAGAACAACCGCCCCAGUUGACUGGAAAAGAUACGACUGAACUUGUUGAUGAAGUUGGCACUUGGAAAUAUGGAACUGACAGCAGAGAGCACGGCUUCUUUUUAGCCAAGAGAGUCCGCCACUCUUCAUCUGAGAGCGAGCGGCCCCCGACUCCAGGUCUCGGGUUAGAUUACAAGUGGGUUAUUGGCUCUCUCGGGAAGUUUGAAACUGGCUUCUUCCAUGGAGUCGAGCCUGAAGAUCAAUUCGUGGCCUUUGUUGACCCUUCGACUUAUCCUGAACACCCUGGCUGGAUGCUACGAAAUUUACUGGUUUUGAUCAAACGAAGGUUCAAACUUAACAAGGUUCAAAUACUCAGUUUCCGAGAUGUUCAUGCAAAGCGACACGAGGCACGAAGUAGGAUAUUCCUUCUCGAAACCCAGCCUGGGGAGGUGGAGUCCAAUGUUAUGCCUCGAGUUACCGGAUGGGAGCGCAACAGCAUUGGAAAAUUAAGUCCAAAGCUUACAAACCUCACUCAAUAUAUGGAUCCCAUACAGUUGGCAGAUCAAGCCGUCGAUUUGAAUCUAAAGCUUAUGAAAUGGCGCAUUGCUCCAGAUCUGAAUCUUGAUAGAAUCAAGGAUACCAAAUGCCUUCUUUUGGGCGCUGGAACCCUUGGAACUUUUGUCUCCCGCGCCUUGAUGGCAUGGGGAGUACGAAAGAUUACGUUUGUCGAUAAUGCAAAUGUAUCAUUUUCAAAUCCGGUCCGGCAGCCGCUAUUUGACCAUAAAGAUUGCCUCGAAGGUGGAGCAAAAAAGGCGCACAGGGCCGCCGAAGCCCUCGAAGAGAUUUAUCCCAAUGUUGACAGCACUGGGCAUGUGAUGUCAGUUCCGAUGCUCGGUCACCCAAUAGAGGAUGAGGCCAACACCAGAUUGGACUUUGAGACCUUGCAAAAGCUUAUCAAUGACCACGAUGUUGUCUUCCUCUUGAUGGACACACGAGAGAGCCGAUGGCUUCCGACUGUAAUGGGAAAGGCUGCUGGCAAAAUUGUUAUGAACGCAGCAUUAGGAUUCGACACUUAUGUGGUCAUGAGACACGGGGUUGCGCCAGCUGAUGGAGGGCCAGCGGUCUUAGGGUGUUACUUCUGUAACGAUGUUGUAGCUCCUGCAGAUUCAGUCAAAGAUCAAACGCUUGACCAGCAAUGCACUGUCACGCGCCCUGGAGUUGCCGCUAUCGCUUCGAAUCUCCUCGUGGAAGUUCUUGUAUCCCUGCUACAACAUCCUCUAGGAGCACAAGCUCCUGCUCCUCUGGCAUCGGUGAAUCAAGCUACAGCCUCCAUCGACUACGAAAGGGAUCCUCCAGGGCAUCCGCUAGGCAUCGUUCCCCAUCAAAUCCGCGGCUUCCUGUCGACUUUCCAAAAUAAGAUCAUAAGUGGACAGUCAUACGAUUGUUGUUCAGCCUGUUCCCCUAAGAUUGUCAAUGAGUACCAGCGUCAAGGGUGGGAAUUCGUUAAACGUGCUCUCACCGAUAAAGAUUAUGUUACUGAACUCAGCGGGCUGGCCGAGGUGCAGCGUGCGGCCGAAGCUGCCGCGGAUAACGUUGACUGGGAUAGCGAGCCAGAACUUGGCGAAGAUGAGGCUCCUAAUCCGGGUAUAGAUUCAUUCCCAGCGAUGCGGUCCCAAUUGACCCGCGUGGUCUUUCGAAGGCUGCUUUGGAACGAAGGCUUUACCUUUCGCUGUCCGACUCAAUCGGCAUUGUAUCUUCGCCAUAGACAUGUAACUCCCUCGAUAACAUUACGGCCACAGCAGAGGACGUUGUUCGGCUUCUCGACGAAACCUCCACGAAAACCAAAAACUCCACAGAUUGCCCCUGGGAUGAUGAUGAUCAUGGAGUUUUCCAAGAUGAAGAGGUUAAAAGCGAGGCUUCCGCCUGCUGAUGAUUUGGUUGCUGCCUUCCGAAAUUUCGUCCAAUAUAAGUUGUUCAGGCAGGAGACGGUGACCAAUUAUAACGCUAUAUAUGUCUUGCGAUUGUUCAACCACCUGCGGGACUUGAGGACAGCCGAUGGCCAGCAUAUUUUCACGGGGGCCGACCUGCGACGGUUUAGGAGAGUUUUUCUUGCCAAACCGAAGGAUUCAGACAACAAUUACGAGGAAUUUCCCCAGGAAGUCUAUGCUGAUUUUACGCCCAACAAACACCUCGAGAUUGCCAAGGAGAUCCACAAAGAGCUUCUAAAAAGAGGGGACUGGCAAGAUGGCGAUGUUAGAUACCUCGUGGAAAUUCUAACUCAGAGUGGAGAAUCUGCAGCUGCGAGGGACGCUGUGCAAGAACGCUUUAGAUUAAACGUGACAACAUGUCAACUAAAUCUAGCCUUGAAAGCGACCUAUAAUUGGAAGUUAGUUCUAGCAGGAUUUGCCAGAGAAAAUAACGAGUCGGAGCUUCUCAAGACUGCAGCAAUGAUGGAAGAGUUGGGGAUCGAGUUCUAUGGAGAGGCACAAAGGAUUAUGACUUGCUUUUUUGCAUCUCGAGAUAAUGUUGAGGCAACUAAGGAAUGGUACGGCAAGCGUGACAAAGCCAGCAAGAAGCCUCACUCGCCAAGUCCAGAGACCAUGGUUGCACUCUACAAGUUCUCUUUACGGAAUAACGAGCUGGAGUGGUGUAAGGCCGUAUUCCGAGAUAUUAUUGAGAACGGGCCUAACAAGUAUUUGUGGGACGUGAUAUUUCAAUGGGCAGCAGGAGCUGUUGGGAAAGGGGUCGAGGAUGUUGAACGUAUGAUGGAUGUUAUGAUCCGACGAAAUCCGGACAACGAAAAGAUGAGACCGGAUAUUAUUACUAUCAACGGGCUUGUGGAACUGGCAAUCUCCCUUAACGAUCCCUACCUCGCAGAACGAUAUAUUGCCCUUGGUCUCAAGCGAGGUAUCCUCCCAAAUAGUAGAACCUACAUUCUACAGAUGGGUUAUCGCAUGGAUGCCGGAGAUCUAUCAGGCGCUCAGGCUGCCUAUGAAGCUCUUCAGUCUGAAGAGAUUCUGGAAGAUGAGGAUCUCCCUGCUAUCAACAAGUAUAUCCGAGCUCUCUGCUCAAAACCAAACAAUUAUGAUCGUAUCAACGCCAUGCUCACAGACCUGGAAGCGCGACAGGCCGGCUUGGAGGGUGCAACAACGUCAGCCGUUGCUAUGAUAUAUAUGGAUCGCGACGAAAUCCAGAAUGUUUACGAUCUUCUUCUAACCAACGUUUAUCAGUACGCCAUGGGAGAUCGAAUCCUCAUCCGCAAUGUAUUCUAUGACUUCUGUAUGGACAGACGGAAUAGCAACGCCCGUGCCUGGGAAUCCUAUCAAGUGCUUCGACAAAUCUUCGAGGAAAUCGGCACCGAUAUCCGCACUGAGUUGAUGAACGAGUUCUUCGACCGCGGCAGAUCCGACAUGGCCUGCUACGUCUUCGGACACAUGCGGCAACAUGCCCUCAGCGACCGAAAGCCCAGUCUAGAAACCUACAUCCAAUGCUUUGAAGGCAUAGCCAUGUGUGCAGAUGCUGAAAGUCUCGAAAUGGUGCACAAUAUGUUCAAGAUGGAUCCGAAUAUGGAGCCUAACACGCGUCUCUACAACGCGCUCAUGCUCGCCUAUUCCUCUAUUGGUAAAGGCGGACGUGCUCUUGAUUUCUGGACCGAAAUCACGAACAGUACUGAAGGGCCUACGUACCGCAGCUUGGAGAUAGUCUUCAGAGCAUGCCAGUACACGCAUUAUUCAAGCGACCAAGCGAAAGAGAUUUGGGGACAGAUGCGCAGAAUGGAGAUCGAGAUCACCCAGGAUGUAUUUAAUUCGUAUGUCGGCGCGCUGGCCGGAAGGGGGAAGUUCGAAGAUGCGAGGGAUGUGGUUGAUAGUGCAGAGAAGGAGCUUGGGUUGAAGCCUGAUUUGAUGACAAUCGGUAUAUUUUACAACGCCCUCCCCGGCCAAAAUCGUAAAGAUCUUGUCGAAGAGUGGGCUAAGGGCACGUACCCUGAGGUAUGGGCCGAGCUAGAGAAGAAAGGCCAGACGGAAAAUGAGGAGGAAACGCGGUUUUUCAAGAUUAAGCGGGAGUUUAAAGCUUGA